UGGGGUACCCCUCACUUCCGACUACGGCGGAGGCUGUCCCUGUGACUGCCCUUCCGGGAUGGCGACAGUUCCAUGGCCUAGGGACGGCGGUCGAGCACUCGUGGCUGCAGCGCUCCAUCUCCGCAGCUCUCCUGCUCCUGUCCCCCAGGACCCGCAGUUCCCAGCCUGGAGUCGGGUGUCCUGGGUGGCUUGAGGACAUAGGGUGCUGCUGGGCAGGUGCCGAAUGCCUAUCCUGACUGGCCGAGCCUAGGCUCCCGAGGCGACGUGCAGCUCCCUCGCGCCUACCCCUUCUGCUCCAGCGGCCGCGCAACCGAGCGGAACGGCGGCGUGCUACAGGGCCCACACCCCUGCAGUACCGAAGCCCGACUAAUGUUGCGGGGACACUGGGUUCCCUGGUUGUUGCCCCAGGCUUAAUGAUUGUCCAGAAGGUGGCUAUAAAGAGCCCGGGUGGAGGAGGGAGCAGAAAAACACAGCUCAGCAGAACCAGGCACUAAAGGGAGCUGCAAGCAGGAGCAGUCAAGAGGCUGCGCUCAGAAGCACUGUGACCUGGCCAGCAGGGCCUGCUUUGUCCACCAUGGCAGCCCAAGGCUAUGGCUACUACCGCACUGUCAUAUUCGCAGCCAUGUUUGGGGGCUACAGCCUCUACUACUUCAACCGCAAAACCUUCUCCUUUGUCAUGCCAUCGCUGGUGGAGGAGAUUGCUCUGGACAAGGAUGAUUUGGGGCUCAUCACAAGCAGCCAGUCGGCAGCCUAUGCCAUCAGCAAGUUUGUGAGUGGGGUGCUUUCUGAUCAGAUGAGUGCUCGCUGGCUCUUCUCCUCUGGGCUGCUCCUGGUUGGUCUGGUCAACGUAAUCUUCUCUUGGAGCUCUACAGUGUCAGCCUUUGCUGCUCUCUGGUUUCUUAAUGGCCUGGCCCAGGGCCUAGGCUGGCCCCCCUGUGGGAAGAUCCUCAGGAAGUGGUUUGAGCCAUCCCAGUUUGGCACUUGGUGGGCUGUGUUGUCAACCAGCAUGAACCUGGCUGGAGGUUUGGGCCCUAUCUUGGCAACAGUCCUUGCCCAGAGCUACAGCUGGCGUAGCACGCUGGCCCUGUCUGGGGCACUGUGCGUGGCUGUCUCCUUCCUCUGUCUGCUGCUCAUCCACAAUGAACCUGCUGACGUUGGACUCCGAAAUCUGGACCCUACCCCCUCCAAGGGCAAAAAGGGCUCAUCAAAGGAGGACAGCACCCUACAGGAUCUGCUGCUGUCCCCCUAUCUAUGGGUGCUGUCCACCGGCUACCUUGUGGUCUUUGGAGUCAAGACCUGCUGUACAGACUGGGGCCAGUUCUUCCUUAUCCAGGAGAGAGGGCAGACUGCCCUUGUGGGUAGCUCCUACGUGAGUGCUCUGGAAGUCGGAGGCCUUGUAGGCAGCAUCGCAGCUGGCUACCUGUCAGACCGGGCCAUGGCAAAGGCAGGGCUGUCUGUGUAUGGGAACCCUCGCCAUGGCCUGUUGCUGUUCAUGAUGGCUGGCAUGGCAGCAUCCAUGUUCCUCUUCCGGGUAACGGUGACCAGUGACUCACCCAAGGAUGCUUUCUGGACUCCUGCUCUCCAUCCUCUGGCUGAGCUCACAGGCUUUACGGAGCACGAGAUUUGGAUCCUGGUGUUGGGAGCUGUGUUUGGUUUUUCUUCUUAUGGCCCCAUUGCCUUGUUUGGAGUCAUAGCCAAUGAGAGUGCACCUCCCAACCUGUGUGGCACCUCUCAUGCUAUCGUGGGACUCAUGGCCAAUGUUGGCGGAUUUCUGGCUGGGUUGCCCUUCAGCACCAUUGCCAAGCACUAUAGCUGGAGCACAGCCUUCUGGGUGGCAGAAAUGAUCUGUAUAGCCAGCACAAUUGCCUUCUUUCUACUUCGAAAUAUCCGCACCAAGAUGGGCCGGGUACCCAAGAAGGCAGAGUAAGGAAAGUACUCACUGUGGAGCGUCCCCAGCUGCAGCCUGGCUCGCAGGACAGAGAGGGAGACGCUGCUCUGGCCAGCAUAGAACCUUCGCCUUUCUGUGUCUACACUGUCUCCCUGAAUAUCCAUGGUGCUGCGAGUUAUCGGUGGCUAAUGAGAUCCCAGCUCCCCAUCCUAUGCUCUAUUUAAAUGUUUGUUUUUAGACUCCAUCAACUUGUUUCUAUCUUCUAGCCGACGGACAACUCCUGCAUUCAGGGUGUCUCCUCUACCCUUCAUCCCUCCUAGGUCCUGUCCCCAUCUCCUAGUGAGGUGAAUCUGUCU